GAUUAAGCUGCUCACUGAGAAAACAUUCUUUAUUCGUGGGAACCGGUUAGAGAUACACAUGAACUUAUCAAGAUUGAAACUAAUGUUUCUGAUGUUUGGAGAUAGGCUUGUUGGAGCGAGAAUGUUUUGCAAUCACACACACAGGAAGGAGAGAGGGAGAGACUGCUCUUAAAGCAGUCAGCAGGUCACACCUUCACUCUAUCUGCUGCUGGUUCUCCCACACACGCAAGGCAAAUAAAGCAGGUAAGAAGCACAUUCUUUAAAUUACAGUCAUGUGAAGCGGGCUUUACAGCGGAGUUUGCAAACUCCAGGUCCCUAAACGCCUCGUUUGAUUUAGAUGUGUUAUCUAGAUUGUGUUGUUUUUGUUUUAAUUCUCGGCGCAUCAGCUGCUGAUAGUAAUGGUAACAGUUUAGCGCGGGUUAGCCCAGUGAGGCGUGUGUCAGGAGUGUGUGUGGGUUCUCAUUCCAGCAGCACACCCCAACAGGCCCGGUCUAGAUGUGCUCCAGCACCGAGCCUCAGGGCAGCGGUGGAUGCAGGAGGAGGAAAAAAGAAAUUCCUUUCUCUUUAAUCAUUUGCCCCAAUGACAUCCCACAUACGCAACCUGUUCUGUGCGAGAGAGGGCGAGAACAUUUGCCUGCAUGGUCACUUUUAAGGGACUCAACUCACUGCAAUAACCUAUUAAAUACAUGUGAGUGGCUAAUAAUUGGAUCUUCUCAGCUUCAAGCUCACAUAAUGGCUCUUAUGAAUGGAACCGUCCCUCCAGCUGGUUCCAACAGCUCCAGCAGCUGGCAGGACGACGCAAUCAGAGGAGUGGAAAUAACAGUCACUCUGCUUGUUUUCCUGGUAAGAUCCCUCCACUACCUGAAAGGAUACUAUCACAGAGCCUUUUUCUGGGGUACUGCAUGUUUGGAGCCAACACCCGGCUGCUUUGUCUGCUCCCGUCAGGUGGGCAUACCUCUGAACGGCCUGGUGAUCUGGGCCCUGGGGUGGCGUCGUCAGCGUCACCUGGUGCGCAGGGGGAGCAACGAGGAGACCCGCGCUGCCAGCAGCUUCCGUAUCUACGUCCUCAACCUGGCCGUGGCCGACCUGGUGCUGGUGAUGCGUACUCCCCUCAUGCUGGGCUUCCUCGUCCACAAGCACAGCUGGCCCUUUGGCCUCGUCUUCUGCAAGCUCAUCAUGUUCCUGCGAGGUCUGGGCUUGUACGCCUCGGCUUUCCUCCUGUGCGCUGUGGCUCUGGAGCGGUGCUUGUGCCUCCUGAGGCCCGUGUGGGCCGGACUGCGACGGCCCACCUGGGCCGUUCCUCUGGCCUGUGGCAUCCUGUGGCUGGUAGCUACCGUUCUCUCUGCCCCGUACUUCCACACCGCGAUCCUGAAAGACGUUCAAGGGAAGUUACAUUGCUACGAGAGUGGGGACUUUGACAUGGGACUGUUUGUCACAGAAACGACGGCAGGCUUCAUCUUUCCACUGCUGAUGUUUCUGGGAAGUAACCUGGCUGUUCUGGUUAGUAUCCAGCAAGUGGCGCCCCCAACGCCCACCUCCUCUACCCCAUCAAGCGCCCGCAAGAUGGUCAGGAUGUAUCAUGUGCUAUUUUUCACCAUGCUCAUCUUCCUCACCUGCUGGGUGCCGUACUUUGUCUGUAGAUUCCUGCGGGCUUUGUAUGUAGGGAAAUCGCAACAAAAGAACCUGUACAACAGAGUAAUAUUUGCCACAUACAUCUCUCUGUACUUCGUGUACAUCAAAAGUGCUCUCAACCCUAUACUGUAUGUGUUUGCGGCGCGAGGCCUCGGCCGUGCUAUUAGAGCUUCACUUGUCUCCACAAUCGAACGACUUUUCAAUGAUGACUCCACAGAGUCCAUACGAAGGAAGUCGCUUAAAAACUCUCAGAGGUAGUUGAGAGAUUUCAAUUGUUAGCAUUCACUUUUGAUAUGUUAAUAUGUAUUAUACAAUAGCCAUCUUCGAAUGUAACAUGUUUUGACGUUUGUUUGUUUUUUUCAAGUUACCGUUUAAGUACAGGUUCAGAAUGCAACUUGCAUUUUAGGGCCCAGUCUAUGUAUUGAGGUGCUGAGUGAUUUGACCCACACUGACUGCAGUUGUGAUGCUUAGUAAGAAUAGACCCGUGUUGACAUGGCCAGACUGUCUCCUGUCAGUAUUUUAGAAAAGCCUGACCUCUACAUUAAAGUCAAUCAGCUACAAUUGUCCAGCAGCAGCUAAGAGUGUGUGGUCUUAUCUAAUCAAAUCAGAUGACUCAGUGCCCCAGACUUGCUGCUACUGUUGUGGCCUGGUAGAGGCUACCCAGUAUAUAAAUGAAUCAUUUUGUGGUUUUUGGACAAUGCUGCGCUUUCUGCUUGAACAUGAACAGUAGUUUCAAGUUUAUACUUGUCAAUGCCAGUUUUCAGAGCACAGUAACCAUGGUAACAGUGUUCAUAUGUCCAGUCAGUGUGGUUCAUGCUGCCAAUACCAUAGAUUUAAGUCACUGUUGUAAAAUAAUUGUAAUUAUUGCAGAACUAAACAUUUAUUUUCUUUAUUUUAGAUAUUUACAUUCUUUACACAUGCGUUUCCUUUUAUUUUGUACUUGUCAGGACUCAGGAUCUUUUUUCACAACUACAAUAGCUGGUAUAGUAUAUUAUUAUGGAGUUCAAGUGAAAAGGACAAAGUUGGAUAUUUUCUUUUGUCCAUAAAUGUAUCUACAGUGCAAAUGUCUUGUUUUCAACUGAAUGCUGUCAAAUCUAUUUUACCCACCUUCUCAUUUUGAACACCUGUGCAAUAAUUGCAGCCUAUGUUUUUAAUGUUACUACUUUCAGAAAUAGUAGAAGUCUCUGCAUAUCCUAUUUUCUGCUGAUCUUUGAUUACAUGAGUUUGUGUUGUUUCAGUAACAUUAGUAUUAAAAUAGCAUUUCUACACUGGUGAUUAAAGCAAUGUGUGACACUUUUUCAACUUCUUUACUCUGCAGGACUCCAUAAGUUCUCCUUUUGUUUUUACAACUCCGCACUUUGUGAAGGCAAAUUUGUUGCCUGAUCAAAGCAGUGCAGUUUCCUGGAUGCAUCCUGGAUGGCUUCCUACUGCUGUGAGGUUACCCCAUGUGUAUAUGCGGUGACCUCAAAGUCACUGUCUGGGGUCAUCUGUCUUAGCCGAGCCUGCAGAAGACAAAAACAUUAGUUUUACAGUAGUUGAUAAGAUGCACCCUUAAAACAGAGUGCCACAUUCUUUUCUGCUUGCACAAGUUUCAUAUUUCUUCACAUUUGUAAUGUGAAGAAAUAUCUGCUGUUUCAUCACAUGCUUAGAUAAUGUGUAAGUGUCCAGUUACAUGGAACACAGCUUGCAAAAAAAUUUAAGAAAAUAAAUGUAUUUUAAAAUGUAACCAGCAAUAAUGCAAUAUAAACAGUUUCCACUGAUACAUCA